AUGGCAGGAAUAUAUUCUGAUGAUGUUCUGAGAAAUAUUGAGAAAGAAUUCAAACAUCUUGAUGGCAGUACGUACUUAGAUCAUGCUGGUUCUGCUCUCUACUCCCAGUCCCAGAUAGAGAGGGUUAUGUUGGAGUUACAGAGUAGGUUCAGUCUAAACCCGCACACUGGAGAAGAGGAUAGAAUAGAUAAAACAAGGAAGAAGGUUCUAGAGAUCCUAGCCGCAGAUCAGGAGGAGUAUUCUGUAGUCUUUAAUUCAGGGGCAACCAGUGGAUUAAAAACUAUCGGAGAAUACUUCCCUUGGGAUAUAAACAGCUCAUUCGUUGUUCAUGCAGAAUCCCAUACAAGCUCAGUAGGAAUACGAGAGUAUGCACUGGAUAAAGGAUCAAAGAUCUUGGUUUGGGAGGAUCAAGACUUAGAGGGGAUCCUACAAAACCUGGAUUCGGGAUUUAAAACAGAAACCACAAGAGAUGUUCAAAACAAACAAGAAGAAGCAAAAGAAGGAGAAGAAGAAGAAGGAACAGGAGAAGGAGUUAAAAGAGAAGGAGAAGAAGAAGAAGGAGACGAACAUGAGAACCAAAAAGCCUGUAAUUCUAAGAACCUAUUUUGCUUCCCUGCAAUGUCCAACUACAAUGGAUUCAAAUUCGACCUCAGGUGGGUUGAAAAGAUUCAAGAGAACCCUAGAAACCUUGUUCUUCUCGAUACAUCAUGUUUUUUAUCCACAAAUACAAUUGACCUAAGCAAGGUAAAACCUGAUUUUCUAGUUCUCUCAUUCUACAAACUAUUUGGAUAUCCCACAGGUCUGGGUGCACUUAUCAUCAAAAAAUCCUCAACAGCGUUAUUGAAGAAGGUGUAUUUCGGCGGUGGUACAGUUGAUAUGCACACAGUGAGAGAGAAUGUUCAUGAAACGAGAGCAAAUAUAGAGGAGAGAUUGGAAGAUGGAACCAUUCAUUUUCUAGGUGUACAGGCUGUAGAGACAGGAUUUCUAACAAUCAAAAAUAUUAUAGGAGAAGACUUUAGCUUAAUAUCUGCACACACCUUCGCCUUAGCUCAGUAUACCUUCAAUAGGUUGAACAGAUUAGUUCACUGGAAUGGAAAACCGGUGGUCGAGAUUUAUUCAAAAACUCAGUAUGAUGAUGUUAACAAGCAGGGGGGUAUCAUCAACUUCAAUCUGAAGGACUCUAGAGGGAACUAUAUUGGAUAUUCAGUAUUUAAAAGAGUUGCGGAGUCAGAAAACGUCAUUGUUAGAACAGGGUGUUUUUGCAAUACAGCUUCUGCAGUUCCAGUGACCUAA